AUGUAUUCGGGUGGCCAUUCCUGUUGUUUGGCGAAUUGCAGCAGUAUUGUCUUUGGAAAAAAACAAAUUGAAACGAGCUUUCAUAGAUUUCCAAAGGAUCAAGCAAGAUGUGCUGUCUGGAUUGAAAAGUGUAAACCAAUUAAUUUACCAACUAUUGACCCUGAUAUUCUGAAUAGGAACCACAGAUUGUGUUCACUUCAUUUUGAAAAUGAAAUGUACGUAAAUGUUGAAAAAACCAGAUUAUUUAAUACAGCAAUACCAACAUUAUUUAAAAAUGAUUGUGUCGUUACAGAAGAAACAUCAGAUCAUGUUGAUGUUCCAUCUGAAUUUUUGGAAGAUAACAUCCAAACUGAAAAUGUUAUAAUUGACAACCCGCCUAAAUGUUCAACUCCUGUGUCAUCUACUCUUAAUACUACAUCAGUUUCGAGUUGUACAUCAGUAGAAUCGUUUUCCAUAAGUAUUCAAACUCCGAACUCAUUAUCUGCCAAAACUCCAAGGAAACGAGUACUUCAGGAACGACUUUCCAAUGCUUUGUGUUCAAUCAAGGAACUAGAACAACAACUAGAGCAGACUACAACAGUUGAACAUUGUAUCAAAAUGUGUAAACAAUAUUUAUCGCCAUCAGUCUACCUUCUAGUUAAAAAUAAUAUUGUAAACAAAGAUAGGUCAAAAAGUGGACAACGGUAUUCUAAACAAAUUAAACAAUUUGCUUUAACUGUAUAUUUUCUAAGCCCUAUGGUAUUUAAUUUUCUUCAAAAAUCUUUUUCUCUUCCUUCUAUUUGCACUUUAAAAAGAGUAACUUCACAAUACGAUUUAAAACCUGGCUUAAAUGAUUUCCUAUUUCACUUUUUAGAAUUUAAAAUGAGUAGUUUUCAUCCUGAUGCUUUGGACUGUUUUUUAAGCGCUGAUGAGAUGUCAAUAAAACAAAAUUUAUUUUAUAACGUUAGCAAAGAUGAAAUAAUUGGUUUUAAUCAAUCAAAUUCUUUUCGAACAUAUGAACCUGCAAAAUACGCUCUUGUCCUUAUGCUUAGAGGAAUCAAAUAUAACUGGAAACAACCUAUUGCCUAUUACCUUGUUUCGAAUAGCUGUUCUGGGCCAGAUCUUAAUUCAAUUAUUUUUUCAACGAUUCGCCGAUUACGAAAUAUAAAUCUUAAUGUUAAAUGCUUCAUUACUGAUCAAGGGUCAAAUUUCAUUCGCUUUUCAAAUACUAAUAAUGUUUCUCCAAAGGAACCAUUUUUUGAAGUUGAUGGACAGCCUGUUAUAUAUAUGUUUGAUCCCCCUCACCUACUUAAAUCGACACGUAACAUGUUUUUUAAACAUUUGUUGAAAAUUAAUGAAGAUUUAGUAGACAAAAAACAUUUAGAUAUUUUUUACAAUUAUGAUAGUAAAUGCAACCUCCGUAUGGCACCUAAAUUAACAUAUUUACAUAUUCAUCCCGGUCCUUUCGAUAAAAUGAAAGUUAGGUUAGCAGCUCAAGUUUUUAGUGCUACUGUUGCAGCUGGUAUGUCCACAGCAUUAAAUGGUAAUUUGUUACCCAUAGAUUGUCAAAAAACAAUACAUUUUAUAAAUGACAUGGAUAAAUUGUUUGACAUAUUUAAUUCUAGAGAAACUCCUAAUGGUAAAAUUUUUAAUAGGCCCUUUAAUAAUGAAUCACCUCAGUUGGAUCAUCUAAUAAAAAUGACUGAAAUGUUUAAAAACCUUAAAGUUAUAAACAAAACAAAUGAUACUGAUGUUACUAAUAGGAUAAAUUUUAUUAAUGGUUGGUUAGUCUCUAUUAGUGCACUGCAAAUGCUAUGGAAAUCUUUAAAUUCUGACCCAAACCAACCAUAUGCUAUUUCUACAGGCCGUGUGAAUCAAGAUGGUAUUGAGAAUUUAAUUGGGGUGUUUAGACAGCAACACGGUAACAGUACAAAUCCUACACCUGUCCAAUUUAUUCAAUCUUUUAAAAAAAUAUUUUGCCUUCAGUAUUUUAAACAUUCCCCAGGAGCUAACUGUCUAGAAGACUUCGAUCAAAUACUUACUCAUGUCAGCGAACAACCAAGUUCUAAUAAAAUAAACCAGUUAUUUGCUGCAGAAGAACAAAAUCAUCUUUUUAAUUUUAAAUCAAUUAAAAUUGGUACUGUUGACUACAGGAAAUUAAACAUUCCGGAGAGAAAUGCUUACACAUAUGUGUGUGGAUACUUUAUGAAGAAAUGUCUGGAGAAACAUGUAUGCCAGGUUUGUAUAGAGUAUGCAAAUCAUCAAAAAACAUUGGAUCAGUCCUUUCUCUUAGCUUUCUUCAAAUCUUAUUCUGCAAAUGACUCUACCAAUUUUGGUAAGCUAUUUAUGCCGCACGAUGAAUUCUAUAAUUAUGUUAUUAAAUUAGAAGAUAUUUUUGUUGAUAACUUUUCUUCUAUUGCAAUUAAUGAUAAUAUCGGGUCCACAAUGAAAGAUCUACUUUGUAAUGUACGUUUUAGUCAUCCUUGUGAAUUAUUUAACAAACAAUUUUUAAUGGAUUUAUUUAUACGUUUUAGAAUUUUUACUGCAAUUAGAUUUUUAAAUAGGUCUAUGAUGUCUGAAACAAAACGAAAAAAUAGAAAACUAUCUAUUUUGAAACAUUUGUAA